CAAGUGUAUAACGAUUGAUAGCGUUUACAGUCUUACCAUUAUUGAGGUGGAGGUCAUUCAGCCUUAUCGAAACGUACACAGUUUUAAGUAAAUCAACUCACCUGAAACCUGCCAACAGUUACAUGAUCGAAACAUGUGAAAGUGACCACGUGACUGGAAACGUAAUUUGGCAUACCAGUCUACACCAAAGAUGAAGGCAGUUAUAGCACUUUUGAUUUGUGGUUUGGGCGUUGUAUAUCCUGCAUGUGACCCAGGGUGGACCCAGUUUAAAGAAAACUGCAUUUGGUUCAGUAACACUCAAAAGAUCUGGACCGAUGCUGAAUUGGACUGUCGCAAACACAACGCCUGGCUGAUGACUGAUGAUAAUGAAGAUAAACACAAUUUUAUUUCCGAUAUCUUGUAUGUCUUCAAAAGUUUCCACUUCAAUCAUUUCUUCAUCGGCGGAAAUGACGUUGCUUUUGAGAAUCAGUGGCGUUGGUUAGAAACUGGUAUCCACGUUGGUCCAUUCUCCAAAUGGGGUGCUGGGGAACCGGAUGGAAACAACUCCAAGAACUGCUUAUCACUUAAGUGGCAGGAUGAUCGAAAUCUAGUAUGGUCUGACGAAACUUGCGGACACAUUUCGACCAGGCCAACAAGCGGGAACAAAUCUCACGUACAUGGCGCUGAAAACUACAUCUGUGAAAAGCUAGUCAGCAAUGGAGGAUCGAUGGUUGUUGGACGUCGGUGAGGAAGUGAUAGGGACCAGUUUAAGUGUAGUGCAUAAAGUAUGAAUAAAUUCGAAAACUUAAAAUCUA